AUGAUGAUGAUGAUUGUGAUUUUGUUGGGAUAUUUUGCGAUUGGUGGAAUCAGUGGGUUUGAUGUUGAACAAACACAUCGAUUGGAUCCAGCUAUUCCAACUGUUGCGUAAGUUUCAACCCUUUCUUUAAGUUUUCAUAAAUAUUUUCCAAUGGCCUUCACAAUAACAAAAUGUUUUUCUCGCAAAGUCCAUUAUUUUGACCUUCCAAAAUAAAAAAAACACUAAUCGAAUCAAAACAAUUAUUUAUUCCUCUUCCAUUUUCAGACCUCAUGAAUCGGCUUCUGCUGAUUCUUGCAUCGGACAAUGUUCUUUCAAUUUCAUGGAUGAUAUCAGAAAUCAAAUUGGACAAGAAAAAGCCAGCUCAUUGCUUCAACUCAACUUCAACGAUUUUCUGAACUCAUUUUCGAAUACCACAUUCUUCGAGAAAUUCUGCAAUAUUUAUCAUAACUUCCAACAUUGUUCUUCGAAAUGUCAACCCGGAUUUUUGCAUCAGCUUUUGAUGAGAAGUUCCGAAAUUAUGGAUCAAUAUUGUGUGUAUAACUUUGAGGGUGAGUGAACUCUUCUGCUUCAUAUAUUCUUCAACGUGAUUUCAUUUCAGCGAUUCGUGCAAAAUUCCCCUGCCUUGCAAAUAUGCAUCCAGACAAACAAUGUGUCAAAACUUGCACUCCUCAUCAUAGCGCAGUCACUUCAAUGGCGAAUAACUUCAAAAAUCUUGCAUUGGGAGGUGAUACAACUAGCGCUGAAAAAUAUUUGGCCGAAGGUUGUGAAUAUAUCACAUGUACACUUCAUUGUGAUAUUCCAAGUAUUGUUCAAACUUGUGAUUAUGAAACAGCACAAUUGGUUGUGGAUUUGACGAGAAACUCAUUCAAUAGUAUGGAAAAAUUGGCAUUGGAUACAAAUGUGGUUUCGAAAUGGCCACAAGUUUGCUCGGACAUCAAAACUUAUCGCCUUCCAAAACCUUCAACUCCACCAGAGUCGAAUAAUGAUGUGAUUGCUCAAAAUUCGAUUCAAGAAAAUCAAAAUCCUCAACAUCCAAAAAUGGUUCAAGCUCCAUUGAUCAACUCAUCUUCAGGAGUUUUGUAUUUCCUCGGAUCAAUCUUCACAAUGUUCGUCUUAACAUUUUAA